UCAGCCUUGACCACUGUUGCUCACAUUACCUCCUCUACUCUCGCCACCCCCCCUGCGACACUGAUUUCCCACCAUAACGACUCUCCUAGUGCUAAUACUUCCUUAGCCUCUAGUACUUCCCUUUCUUCGUCCAUCAACACUGCAAGCGCACAUCUGGAGGGCAAGGAGGCUAACGAUGCUAGUAUACAUUCAGAUUGGCUGCGAACUAGUAACCAGUCCCGUAAAAGCUCUUUUGCCCAUUCUCAACAGCCUCAAGGCAGUCCCCACCAAUUGAUGGUCUCCAGUCAACAGGGCGCUGUCAUAGACGGUCAAAAUAUUCCGGCUCCUGACUACCCAAUCACGUCUUCCAAUUUGGGGGUGCUACGAAGACCUUUAACAAGUGAAGCCAAGGAAGCGGUUCAAGUAAACCGGCAUUGUGAGCUGUUUCCGCAAUCGAUGGAGAGCCCAGACACCGCGCACCGCUUCCUUGUCGUUAGAGUGAGUUGGAGCAGCACUGCUUUCAUCUAUGGUCUUUUGGGCACUCCUAGUUACGACGUAUCGAGGACUUUGGUAUCAGCCGAUCCUCUAAAUGAAGUGUUUAUCUACUCUCUAGUAGGCAUUGAUCGGGAAGACGAAGUAGAUCGCGAAACGCUUCGUGAGAUUCGUGUACCCCCCGCUCGACCUCCGCCAAUGCGUGUCCCACUUCCUACACAAAUUGUGGCGUCCUCAUCUUUAUCUGGCACCGUUAGCCAGCCGACUUCAACAUUCUAUGAAGAUUCCCCUCGGUCCUCCUCUGAUCAAACCAACAACUUUGGUUCUAUUCGAGCUGCUGGAGCAACCUUUUCCGGUGGGCCGGGCGUAAAUGUUCUUCCGCAAGAGCUUGAGGCACGCAUCCAUUUUACUCCUGAAAAUGAUGUGGGGGCUGUGGCAGACCUUUCAAGUACUUCUGGUUCUGGAUCCUCUGGUUUGGGAACUGGAGAAGUUGAUCCUAAAACGCAUCCAUCCAAGGUAUCGAGUUUUGAUCUUUUGUUAUAA